AUGUCAGUAGAUGGAGACAUACAGAUCGCGGAUAAAAAUGAACAUCUAGAAGACACUAGCGAAACUCAUACUGAUAAUGAAGAUAAGCAAAACGAACUAAAAGAAAUAAAUAAACUGAAAGAUGAAAGUGAAUCAGAAAGUGCUGUGAAAUUAGGAAGUGAUAAGGAAGAUUCUCCAAUGCAGAUAGAUGAAAAAGUUGCCCCUGAUGUCAAUAUUGACAGCAUGGUAUAUCAGAAUGAAAAAUCAAUGGAAAAUUCUGAUACAAAUACAGACAGAACUUUCAAUGAAAGUGAUGCUUCAUUGGAAAAUUAUCACUCAGCUGAAAACGCGGCUGAUGAGAAGCAAGGUAUAAAAAAUGAGGUUUGUGAGAAACGAGAAACUGCUGAUACUGACCAAGUACAAAAAAACAGUACGGCUGAUCUAAAAUUCAAAAUAGUGGAUCAGAAAAUGCUUUGGAGGAUCAAGUUGUUGAAGAUGAAAAACAGCAAAACACUUUGA